AUGACUGAAUGUUUUAAUGUUGAUCCCAAUUACAAAGUAAGAAAAAAUUAGGGCCCGAAGAUUGUGCAGAGCUAUUUAAAAAAGCUAAAGCAAGACCCGAAAGUGACUUGGUUUGUCUCAAACUUCACAAAACGAUGGUUUGUGCUUGAUUUAAUCCAUGGUUUAUUUUAUUAUACUGACAAUCAUUCAAAAGCAACUGCUGAGAAGUCGUAUAAGAUUAGGGAGAUUAUUGGCUUUGAUCCAAGCCCAAAGCCAAAAGACAGAUGUGAUUGGAAUUUUCCGUUUGAAAUUGACACAAUUGAACGAAUUUACAUCUUAUAUGCAGAAACGAAAAAAUCUCACGACGACUGAUGCAAGGUAAUAAAAUCGCUAUUCGUGCCAACUGACCCUGACUUGCGAAAGAAAUUCGGCCAUGCGAGGACAAGAACUCGAAGCAAAAGCCAGGCUCCUCCUAAGCUAACUGAAACUUGCCCAGAAAAACCAAUUUUGACUGCGCAUAAUCGCAUUCCUUCAUUCUCUCUGGAAGGUGCAGACGCUUUUGAAGCAAAUAGUGGGAUGAUCAAGCUUGAGAACUCAAAUAUAACCAACGAGGUCAUAUCUUUUGAAAUAGAAGAAGCAGUUGAAACUAGCAUACUUCAGGAAAAACAAAGAAGCUUGACUCCUCCUCCUAAAAGAUCUUUUCUGGAAGAGGAGCUGCCAGAUGAAAGCUCGAAAGUUUAUAGAACUGCUCAUCAAGAUCUAUCAGUAUAUACAUCUGCUGAUAAGUCUUAUAUGACCAAUCCAGGAGAAAUAGAAGUAUAUACGGAAAGAGUAUUGGAAAGAACUUGAAUUAAUGAUGAUAGAUCUGCAGAUAGCAGCUUCUCUGCAAAUAAAGACCUCUCAAACACAAUCAGGAGCCAAACCCUUGAUAUCACUAAAAGCUUUUAUGAAGACGCUGUCCCAAUGCAUGAAAGUCUUAUGGAAAAGUCAAAUGAAGCAUCUGUCUUAGAAUCUUUGAUAGAAAUCAUAAAUAUCCAUGAUGAAAUAAAGCCUAAUAAAGAGGAAAAGUUAGUCCUAAAGGUUGAAGAAAUUGGAGAAAUUCACGACAUAGAUUUAGCAUAUUCCAAUUUAAUCAGAAAAUCACCAAUAAAUUUUCUUCAAUCGUCCACGGCAAUUUCAAAUCUGUACCCAAAUCUCAAUGGGUUUGAUAUUCCAAAGGUAAAUGAAGCAGAUUCUCAAAUCUCAAAUAAUCUUAAAGAAGAAAACCAAAAAAGCGAGGGUAAUUACUUCCCUUUUAGCAGUUCUGAAAAAGCUGAUAUUAAAAAUAGUCAGAAAGAAAUUCUUGAAGCUUCAGAUUCUAAAAGUGAAGUUCAUGAAUCUGUGGAGACCCAGCAAGAUUUGAAAGCAAAUUUUCCUUCUACUGAUUUAGAAGCAGCGAUAAAUAUCACUAACUCCCCCCCCCCCUCCGUGAGCGAACAAAACCAUUAGAAAAAUCGCCAUUUUUUGACCAAAAACCCACCCUCCGUGAGUGAACAAAAAUUUUUUUAAUAAUAGAAAAAAUUUUAAUGGAAAAAAAUUUUGAUAUAUAAGUGAUAAUUAGUAUAAUGAAAUCUAGAGCUAAUUCUGUUUAAUUUUAAACAAAAAUGCGUUUUAAAACAUAAAUUUUGCAAAUUAAAUUAAUAUUUGCUUCCCAAUUUUUGCAAAUUAGGAUUUUUUUAAAUUUCGAAAAAAAUAUUUUUUAUAAAAUUUAUAUAUAAAUUUUUUUUAAAAAAAAAAAAUUAACCCCCCCUCGUGAGCGAACAAAAAAAUUUUGUUCGCUCACGGAGGGGGGGGGGGGAGUAACGAAAUUUCAGAAAUUCCUUCCUUUGCCAGCAAUUUUGCCACAGAAAUUGCUUCUCCAUUAUCUAAAUUGCAAGCCCCAAUUAUUUUAAAAGAAAAUUCCAAGGAAGAAUGUCCCAGUCCUUUAAAAGAUGAAUCAUCCUUUAAAAAUGAUUUGGAAGGCUCGCUACUUAAUGCAAGUAGGCCAAAGAUAAUAAGAUCUCUUACAAAGCAAGACAAAACUUUAGCGGUAAAAUCAAUCUCUCCGAAAAUGGUAAAGAAAACGCAUGACAGCGUAUUAGCAUCGAAAAGUAGUGAAACAAUUCAUACAACCAAAAAUUCUGCUAUUAAAUCAGUUCCUCCUAAUUUAAGCUCUCCAUCUACAAUGCAAAAAACUUCAAGGACAAAUGAAGACACACAAAAGCUGGAAGAUUCAAAAACUUCGGUGCACUUGAUACCUGAAAAGCAAUUAUCAUCGCCAUUGAGAUCUAAAAUAACGAGACCAUCUCGAGAUAGUGCUUCUCCAUUAGCAAGUGCAGCAAAUGAAUUGAACCAGAAAAAACUCUUACUCCACUUGGCUAUAAAGCAAUCCAUUGGAAAAUCCUACUUCUCGGGGAAAAUAAAAUCAUCUAGAAAAAGAUUAUUUAAAAUGAAAAUAAUAUAUUUAAAUAAUGAGAAAAAAAUUUAAUUAAAAAUCUCAAAGUCUUGUAAUAAUCAAGGGAGAUUUAAAAACAGAUAAAUACACAAAAUUAUUCAUUCAAACCCCCAAAAAAAUUCAAACUUCUGCUUCAAGUAAACUACAAGCAAGUUCUCAAAAGAGCAUUUCUCCAGCCCCUGCUAAAAGACUUGAGAUUAAUCCUACAAUCAAAUUAUUGGAAAAUGCAAUACCGAAAUUGAAUACAGAGAAACUUAUCUUAGAAAAUACUAACUCUGAAAAUACACAAAAUUCAUCGGCUUCAACAGAUAGACUUCAUCAAAAGAAAUAUAUUUCCAGUGAAAAGAGAAAAGCUAUUGGCUCUCCUGUUCCAUCGAAAAGGCAUCAAGAUAAUAAUUCUUCUAAAAAUUCGUCAACAGAAAAGAGAGAAACCCCGAAAUCUCCUGUUAUAGAGAGAAAUAAUUAUCAGCAGAACUAUUUGAAUAGGCUUAGCAAUAUUAAGCCUUUGCAAAGAAUUAGUCCCAGCCCAAUAAAAUCAAAUGAAAGUCCAAUAUUCUCUUCAAGUCAGGAGCCAACACCAAGCGUCUUCAGCUCUAUUAAGGGGCCGUUACGAGAAAGUCUGCAAAGUCACAGCAAAACGCCACCUCGAAGGAACUCAAAGAGCGGCUUUUCUAAUAACACAGAAAAUAAGCUCAAGCCAAGAAUGAAUAUUGCUGAAUUUCAAUUUAAAGGUUUAUCCCCUGAAUCACUUACAGAUAGAACAGGAACCAACAGUGAAGAAAUGCAAUCACAGCCUCAUGUAAAUAUUGCCUUGAAAAGCAACGAAAAAUCAGGCUCAAGUGCAAAAAUUUUGACCCAGCCUGACACUUUUUCACUCCAAUCGAGAUUGGCUGAAUAUUGCCAAGAAAUUAAUGAGCUUGCUCAAGACAGUGCUUCGAAAACUAUUUUGAAAAAAAGUUUUCUUAAUAAGCCAUCUGUAAGAAAUGUCUUAUAUGGAGAUCAAACAUAUCCAGAAAGAAGAGAGCAGUUGCUCAAAGAAAUAUCAAAGCCAUCCAUAAAAUUAGGCCAAUCGCAGUAUCGUCCAAGUCUGAAUAAAAUGCUAUCAAACAUCAAAACAAAUGAUUCGAAGUCGGUACCACGAAUGAGAUAA